GAACAGAGGAAGGAGAGGUCGGGAUGAGGGAGGGAGAGUUGGGACGAUGUCGGGGGAAAGAAGGAGAGGGGGAGAGAAGUCGAGAUGGGAAGGAAGGGAAGGUGGGGGGGGCGGGAUGAGGUCGGGAUGGCAUGGGUGUCGGAACAGAGGAGGAGGGAGGAGGAGUCUAGGCAUGGGAUGAGAGGUCAGGACGGGGAGGUGAGGGAAAUGUCGGGAUUAAGUCGGGAGGUCGGCACCGGGAGGUCGGGAUGGGAGACGCGAACAGAGGAGGGAGAGGUCGGGAUCAGGGAGGGAGAGGGGGAGAGGUCGGGACGGGGAGGUCGGGAUGGGAGGUUGGGAUGGGGAGGUCGGGAUGGGAGGUCGGGACGGGGCGGUGGGACAGAGGUCGGGAUCAAGUCGGGAGGUGACGCGCGACGAUGUCGGGAUCGGGGGAGCAAGGGGCGACAGGGAGAGGUCGGAACGGGGAGGGCGGGAUGGGAGGUCGGGACAAGGUCGGGAUGACGGAGGGAGAGUUGGGA